UGUUUUGUACACUCAGAGUAUAUGACUUUAUAAAGCCAAAAACCUAAUGGUAUUUUCUCUCCCAGGUGUCUCCAGAAUAUGCCCUCAGGACGGCAGCGCUAUGACCUUGAACCUGAACUCGUCCAGCUCUUCCCCCUCUGUAGACCCCAGUAUGUACCUGAACAACAGCUCCCCAGGGUUGAGGGUCUACGCCGACAACGCCAUCCUGGGCCUGGGCCUUGUGCUGGACAACGACUCCAUUACCAGGGACCUCACCAACCUGACCAGCCUGUCCAACGCCUCCCUCCUUGACCCCACGGUGACCUAUGACCCUCUGGGAGGUCACACCAUCUGGCAGGUCAUCCUGAUCGUGUUCCUCACCGGGUCUCUGUCUCUGGUCACCGUCGUAGGAAACAUCCUGGUGCUCAUCUCCUUCAAGGUGAACAAGCAGCUGAAGACGGUGAAUAACUACUAUCUCCUCAGUCUGGCCUUCGCUGACCUCAUCAUCGGGACUCUUUCCAUGAACCUCUACACUACCUACAUUAUCAUGGACCAAUGGGCUUUAGGGAACUGGGCGUGCGACCUGUGGUUGGCUAUCGACUACGUGGCGAGCAACGCCUCCGUCAUGAACCUGCUGGUGAUCAGCUUCGACCGCUACUUCUCCAUAACUCGACCUCUGACUUACCGGGCCAAGAGGACCACCAAGAGAGCUCUGACUAUGAUCAGCAUGGCCUGGUCCGUGUCCUUCGUCCUGUGGGCCCCGGCUAUACUCUUCUGGCAGUAUAUCGUAGGGGAGCGCACUGUGCCUCGUGGAGAAUGCUUUAUCCAGUUUCUCUCAGAGCCUAUUAUCACAUUCUGCACGGCCAUCGCUGCCUUCUACCUGCCGGUCACCAUCAUGACGGUUCUCUACUGGAGGAUCUACAGAGAGACAGAGAACAGGCAGAAGGACCUGGCGGGGUUGAGGGGGUCGGGGGCAGGGAACAAGGCGGGCCAGGGGGGUAGCCAGAAGGAGGAGGAGGAGGAGAAGAAGGAGGAGGCCCAGGAAGAGGAGGCUCCCAUGGUGCCCAAAACAGGAAGCUCCAGGAGCUGCAGCAGUUACGAGCUUAACCAGGCCGGUCAGAAAGACUCUGGAGCCAAGAAGACCAGAGGGUGCUUCCGGUUCUGGCCGCUGAGUAGGUGGUCCAAGAAGAAGACAGUCACAGUGAGAGGAGAGCCGGAACACAGCAGCUCCGAUAGCUGGAACAACAACGAUGGGGGUGGGGCCUCCAUGGACCAAUCAGACUCUGAGGACGAGGAGGGGGCGACGGAGUCAAGCCGAGCUAUCUAUUCCAUCGUGGUCAACCUGCCGGGGAUAAACUCCGCCCCUGGUAACAACCCUAACAAUGACCCCCAGCUGACAUCUCCUGAGGACCAGGAUGCUACGAAGGACCCUCUCCGGCCACAAGUGGGCGAUAAUAAGGACAAGAAGACAUCCUCUAAUACCAGAAGGGAGAAAGACAAGGAAGACAACAGCUACCACCAACGCUCCUUCUCUAAAACCCCCGUCACUUCCUCGUCUUCCAUCCAGACCUCCACCAAGAGCCACCAAACAGGGGCUGUGUCGUCCACCUCCAAGUCCCCCUCCUCGGCCCCCAUCUCCUUGAAGGAUGCAGCCAUGGCCAAGCGCUUCGCCUCCAAAGCCAAGACCCAGAUCACCAAGCGUAAGAAGCAGAGUGUAGUCAAGGAGAAGAAAGAGAAGAAGGCCGCCCAGACUCUCAGUGCCAUCCUGCUGGCUUUCAUCAUAACCUGGACUCCCUAUAACAUUAUGGUGUUGGUCAACACCUUCUGUACUGGCUGCAUCCCUGAGGCUCUGUGGGCUCUGGGCUAUUGGCUGUGUUACGUCAACAGCACCAUCAACCCCAUGUGUUACGCCAUGUGCAACCUCACCUUCAGGAACACCUUCAAGAUGAUUCUACUCUGCCGCUGGCAGGACAUCAACAAACGCAACAAGCCUCAGUUCCAGCAGAGGCAGACGGUCGUCGCCUUCCGCAAGAAGGAGCCCUUGUAGGUGUAAUCUACUGGGCCCCCUGGGUCAGCUGUAUAGGGCUCUGUCGGGCCUCUCUGGGACCCUGGGUCAGCUGUAUAAGGGCUCUGUCAGGCCUCUCUGGGAUGAUUUAUAUUAACAGGACAGUUGGCCAGGGAGAUGGACUGUACUUACGAGCCUUUCUCAACGAUGAAGAGAUCACAUAAUAAUAUAAUAAUACAAUGGAAAAUAGUAACACGACAAAUAAAAUACACAAUUAUUUUCAAUUCAACUCUGCAUCUCUUUCAACUAUUGACUUUUUCCCCCCACAGCUGGCACCAGUUUGGCGCCAAAACACUGACAACAAAGACAUAUUCAACAUAGUAAAAUCAUUAAAAACUGUCUAAAAAAAAACCACAGGACCCUUCAUGCUGAAUCCCUCAUAUUUAACAGUGUUCACCAACUUGGUUUAUAUUUAGAAUGAUGUUUUACAGCUUCGUCAUUCUAUGUUUAUUUUCAAAUAUAUAUGUUGCAUGUGACAAGGCCACACAGAUGACCAGGGAUAUUUAUACACGGAGGGAAGGGGAGAUUUGAUUUGAUGUUCCAACCCAAUGGAAUAUUUGGGACAUAUAAAAGGGCUGUCAGAUGUAUGACA